UCUCUCUCUCACCGCAUGUGCUUCACUCAGAGCAGGAGCAGCGUGGUGACUGUGAGGAAAACCUUCAGGCUCUCUGUUAGAGAGCGCACAAAGUCUUAAUAUUAACUGAGUCACCGCCAAAAUGCUCGUUUUAUUUGAGACCGCGGCUGGAUAUGCAAUUUUCAAAGUCCUUGAUGAAUCCAAGCUGCAACAGGUAGACAACCUGCACAAGGAGUUUGAAACUCCUGAAAAAGCAAAUAAAGUUGUAAAGCUGAAGCACUUUGAGAAGUUUGUGGAUACAACUGAGGCCCUAGCAGCUGCCACGGCCCUUGUGGAGGGAAAAAUUGGCAAGAGUUUGAAGAAAGUGCUCAAGAAAGUUGUUGCCAAGGAGGCCCAUGAGCAGCUGGCCAUCAGUGAUUUGAAGCUUGGUGGAGUUAUCAAAGAAAAGCUGGACCUAAACUGCAUCCACAGCCCUGCUGUUGCUGAACUGAUGAGAUGCAUCAGGAGUCAGAUGGAGAGCCUCAUCACUGGACUUCCUCCCAGGGAGCUCAGUGCGAUGUCUCUUGGGUUGGCUCACAGUUUAUCCCGUUACAAACUGAAGUUCAGUCCGGACAAAGUGGACACAAUGAUUGUGCAAGCCAUCUCUCUUUUGGAUGAUCUGGAUAAGGAGCUCAACAACUACAUCAUGCGCUGCAGGGAGUGGUAUGGAUGGCACUUUCCUGAGCUGGGAAAGGUCAUCACAGACAACUUGGCCUACUGCAAAGCUGUCCGCAAAAUUGGUGAUCGUACAAAUGUGGCCACCUCCGAUCUGUCGGACAUCCUCCCUGAGGAAAUCGAGGCAGAGGUUAAACUGGCUGCUGAGAUUUCCAUGGGAACAGAGGUGUCGGAACAGGAUAUAGGAAACAUCAGGCACCUGUGUGACCAGGUAAUUGAGAUCACAGAAUACCGCACACAGCUGUACGACUACCUGAAGAACAGAAUGAUGGCUAUUGCCCCAAAUCUGACAGUGAUGGUGGGUGAGCUAGUGGGUGCCAGACUCAUCUCACAUGCAGGUUCCCUCCUGAAUUUGGCGAAGCAUCCUGCAUCCACAGUGCAAAUCCUCGGAGCAGAGAAGGCUCUGUUCAGAGCCCUGAAGACCCGUAAAGACACGCCCAAGUAUGGUCUCAUCUACCACGCCUCCUUAGUGGGCCAGACCACAGCCAAAAAUAAGGGCAAGAUCUCCAGAAUGCUGGCAGCUAAAGCAUCGUUGGCUAUUCGCUAUGAUGCCCUGGGAGAGGACACUAAUGCAGAAAUGGGAGCGGAAAACCGUGCUAAGCUGGAGGCCAGGCUGCGGCAGCUGGAGGAGAAGGGAAUUCGAAGAAUCAGUGGAACAGGCAAAGCAAUGGCAAAGGCAGACAAAUAUCAACACAAGAGUGAAGUGAAAAUGUACGAUCCAUCUGGUGAUUCCACUAUUCCCUCCACAUCAAAGAAGAGAAAGUUUGAGGAGAUUGAGGAGGAGGAGGAGGCUGGUGAAGAGCCUGAAACACCAGUGGUGAAAUCCAAAAAGCCCAAAAAGGAGACAGUAACAGAAGUAGAAGAAGAAGCAGCAGAGGAGACUCCCAAAAAGAAGAAAAAGAAAAAGAAGGACAAGAAAGCAGAGGCUGAGGAGGAGGAACCAGAGGAGGAAGAAGUAGCAGUAACAGAGGUAGGAAGUUAUUUUGGAAAUGCUCCUUGUAAAGUCUGGAGAUGAUCCACAGGAGAAUUGUUUUAGUGGUGCUUUUUUAAAACCUGAAAUAUCUCCAUUUUGUCUCCACAGUCCACAGAAAAGAAGAAAAAGAAGAAGAAAAAGAAGGUUAAGGAGGAGGAGGAAGACGACGAGUGAAAAAGUGGAGAGUGUAUAUAUUUUCUGUCUUAGUCUUUAUGGUAUUUUAGUUUUGUCUCUCAUUUAUAUGGAAUACGGGCAGUACAGUAUUGAGUACCUAUUUCUGGACUGUGAAAGAGUUACUUUUAUAAAACCACAUCAACAUUGGAUCUCUGCUUUAUACAACUGUGAGUAAGGAGUGCUUUCCAAAUCAAUGCCAUCUCUAGCUUUAUAGUAGUUUUUCCUAUUUCAAAGAUGUGUAUUAAGUUUGGAAUCAUGGUUUUUAUGUUGAUCUUACAUUUACACAUCUGUAUCAGACAAUGAAAUUCAGAAAAGGGAAGUGUCCCAAUUCCCUUUUUACUGUCCAAGACUGAACGUCUGCCCAGGUGAAAUAAAAGAUUUUUUUCUUUGCCUGAA